CUCUACCCUCCACCUCUCACGCCCUCCUCAGCCUCUUCGACUUCAGGAACCAUGACUUCCAAAUCCACCGUGAGACGCCAGAGCAGCAGCCACCGUGUCUUCAGUGCCGGCUCAGCCAGAGUCCCUGGGGUCACCCGCUCUGGCUUCAGCUGCGUGCCCGUGUCCCGCUCCAGGGGCAGUGGUGGCCUCGCUGGAGUGGGUGGAGGAGCUAGCUUUGGCAGCCGCAGCCUCUAUGGCGUGGGGGGCUCCAAGAGGAUCUCCCUCGGAGGGAGCAGCUGUGCCCUCGGUGGCGGAUAUGGCGGCAGAGCUGGAGGCAGCCUUGGCUUUGGAGGUGGAGCCGGGAGUGGAUGUGGUUUUGGCGGUGGAGCUGGUGGUGGCUUUAGGCUCGGUGGUGGAGCUGGCUUUGGUGGGGGCAAUGGGGGCCCUGGCUUCCCCAUCUGCCCCCCUGGAGGCAUCCAAGAGGUCACCAUCAACCAGAGUCUCCUGACUCCCCUCAACCUGCAAAUCGACCCCACCAUCCAGUGGGUCAGGACUGAGGAGCGGGAGCAGAUCAAGACCCUCAACGACAAGUUCGCCUCCUUCAUCGACAAGAUGUGGUUCCUGGAGCAGCAGCAGAACAAGGGUCUGGAUACCAAGUGGACCCUCCUUCAGCAGCAGGGAUCCAAGCCCGUGAGGCUGACCCUGGUGCCUACGUUUGAGCAGUACAUCAACAACCUCAUGGGGUGGAAGGAAUCUCUCCUCUUCUUUAGUUGCUGCCCGGACUCAGAGCUCAGACACAUGCAGGAUCUGGUGGAGGACUUCAAGGACAAGUAUGAAGAAGAAAUCAAUAAGCCUGCAACAGUACCGAAUGAACCUGUAACACUGAGGAAGGACGUGGAUGGCAUGAAUGAGGUUGAACUGCACACCAAGAUAAAUACCCUUAACGAUCAAAUUGAUCACUUAUGUUCUUACUUUGAGAUGGAGAGAACCUCACCCUGUUUGUUCUGCUCUCAGAUGCAAUCCUACAGCUCAGACAUUUCUGCGAUCCUCUCUGUGGACAACAACCAUAAUCUGGACCGGGACAGCACCAUUUCUGAGGUCAAAGGCCUAUAUGGGGAGAUUGCGCAAAUGAGGCAGGCUGAGGCCAAGUCCUUACACCAGACCAAGUGUAAGGAGCUGCAGGUCAAGGUACAUAGACAAAGUGAUGACAUGUACAACACCAAGCAGGAGACUGCUGAGCUCAACCACAUGAUCCAGAGACUAUCUGAGACAGACCAUGGC